AUGGAAGAAACUCUCCGGAAUGAAGCGCUUCAAGCGAUAGAUUUCCUUGAGAGGCACAAGCGCGCCAACACCGACAAGCUAUACCGAGAAGCUCUUACUCAAGAGCCGAAGAAGGACCGGUAUGUCGACACAAACUCCAAAGUGAAGAGCUUGAAAGAGAUGGUUGCGAGAGACCUCGGAUUUCAAGGCACUGUCAAGCACCCCAGAGUUUGGCACUUGCAGACCACAGAUGUCGGUGCUCCUAUGAAAAACCACGGCACUCCUCCCGCUCCGCGCCGGGAUACACAAGUUCAAGUCCAACUUCCACGCGCCAACCAUUCUGCAAUGCUGGCUUUCAUUCUCCUAUCAUAUGCAUUGCUGUUCUUUCUCCUGUUUUCAGAUUGGUUUUGA